AUGUUCUUGGCUAUUACACAUCCACUUGGCCCCUCCCCCAUGUCACUUGCACCAACCCCAAUUAUAUCUCCAUUCCUCCUAAACUUCUCGUUUCUUUCCUCUUCCUCCUCUCUCCAUCAACCUUCAAUCUCUCUCUCUCUAUCUCUAUCUCGCGCACACACACACAUUUCUCGCCGGGGAACUCGACAAAACCCCCGGAAUCCGCCAUGGAAGAUGGAUAGAAUCAUCCAGUCGCCGGCGUCCAAAUUCCGCCCCUUUCGGCGACAGCUAAUCGGCUCGUCCUCCGAUUCGGCCACCAGCGCGGCGGCCGCUACGGACGAACACCCAAAUUACAUCCUCCUCCGCUACCAAAUCCUCGACCCUGAUAGCGACAUUGUAGCACAAUGGAACCGCGUGUUCCUAGUGACAUGCCUGAUCGCUCUUUUCAUCGAUCCGCUGUAUUUCUACACGUCGUCUGUGGGAGGGCCGGCAUGCCUGACCUCGGAGGUGAAUCUGGGAGUGGCGAUCACGUUCUUCAGAACGGUAACCGAUCUGUUCUUCUUGUUGCACAUGGUGUUGAAGUUUCGAACGGCAUAUGUUGCUCCAAGCUCUAGGGUUUUUGGAAGAGGAGAGCUGGUUAUGGAUGCCAAAGCCAUUGCUACGCGCUAUUUGAAAUCUGAUUUUGUGAUUGAUCUUGCCGCUACUCUCCCCCUCCCACAAAUAGUGAUGUGGUUGGUGAUUCCAAUAACAAGAAACUCAAGAGUGGAUCAUGCCAACAACACGAUCGCUCUCCUUGUUCUUCUUCAAUACGUUCCACGGUUGUUCCUCAUCUUCCCUCUCAACCAACGCAUCAUCAAAACAACUGGUGUUGUUGCCAAAACUGCAUGGGCUGGUGCUGCCUACAAUCUCAUCCUCUACAUGCUUGCUAGUCAUGUUUUGGGAUCUACAUGGUAUUUGUUGUCCAUAGGGAGACAGUUUUCAUGUUGGAAAUCAGAAUGUGCAAAGGAAAAUGCCUCCCAAGUUCUAACAUGCCUUCCCAUCUUCUUGGACUGUACCAGUUUGAAUGACACUUUAAGACAAUAUUGGCUUAAUGUCACUCAAGUUACUUCCAAAUGUGAUCCAAGGAAUGAAAACAUUAAGUUCAAGUUUGGAAUGUUCUCAGAUGCUUUCACCAAUGAUGUUGCCUCCUCUCAUUUCUUUGCAAAGUACUUUUAUUGUCUUUGGUGGGGCCUCAGAAAUUUAAGUUCAUAUGGCCAAACUUUGGAUACAACAACUUACAUUGGGGAGACAUUAUUUUGCAUAUCAACGUGCAUAUUUGGGUUGAUAUUAUUUUCACAACUCAUUGGCAACAUGCAGACAUAUUUGCAAUCCAUGACAGUAAGACUUGAAGAAUGGAGGAUAAAGAGAAGAGACACUGAAGAAUGGAUGAGACGUCGUCAGUUACCACCAGAUUUGCAAGAACGAGUUCGCCGAUUCGUUCAAUAUAAAUGGCUGGCCACGAGAGGGGUUAAUGAAGAAUCCAUUUUACGUUCACUACCUAUCGACCUUCGUCGUGAGAUUCAACAACAUUUGUGUUUGUCACUCGUUCGUCGUGUGCCUUUCUUCUCACAAAUGGAUGAUCAACUUCUUGAUGCCAUAUGUGAGCGUCUCGUCUCAUCCUUGUGUACUCAAGGAACGUACAUUGUGCGAGAAGAUGAUCCAGUUAAUGAAAUGUUGUUUAUUAUAAGAGGACAACUAGAGAGCUCAACGACCAAUGGCGGUCGAUCUGGCUUUUUCAACUCCAUUACACUAAAACCAGGUGAUUUUUGUGGUGAAGAACUAUUGACAUGGGCUUUGAUGCCAAGUUCUAGUUUGAACAUGCCUUCUUCUACUCGAACCGUCAGAGCACUUACCGAAGUUGAAGCGUUUGCUCUUCGAGCUGAGGAUCUCAAGUUCGUUGCCGGACAAUUCAAACGCCUGCAUAGCAAGAAACUACAACAUGCCUUUAGGUAUUAUUCCCAUCAAUGGAGAACAUGGGGUGCUUGUUUAAUUCAAGUAGCUUGGAGGAGGCUUCAGAAGAGAAAAUUGGCAAAGAGAUCAACAGCAUACAGAGACAGCUUGAGUUCCUAUGCAGAUUCAAUGCAACAAGAUAACGAAUACGAUAUCGAGCUAGCAGAAGAAAAUUACGACGAUGACAGUGACAACACCAUUGAAGAUGAAGACGACAUGUCUUCUGCAGACUACAUGAACAAAACACAACAUCUAGGGGCAACAAUUUUGGCUUCAAAGUUUGCUGCCAACACUCGAAGAGGAGUUAAUCAAAAGGGUCAAACAUCCAAACCUUCAAGUUUGAAAAUGCCAAAGUUGUUUAAACCAGAUGAACCUGAUUUUUCUAUGGAUGGAUGAGAUGUUUACUUCUUCAUUAAACUAAAACUAUAAGAAAAAAAACUUAACACAAGAGUAGUUAGAAAAGAUAAUUAACAGAAGUACAUGUAAAGAUAUACUUGUAGAUUAUUACUAGUGUUAAUUACAUUUUAUCAUAGUGCCAAAUUCUCUUUC